AUGGAUAAGAACCUUAAAGAACAGUUCACAGGAGUAAUUGAAUUUACACCUCCUUUGUAUAAACAACGCUACCAGUUCAUUAAAGAUUUAGUGGGGAAAUACAAACCUAAGAAGGUGGCAGAUAUAGGAUGUGCUGACUGCACGCUUCUCUGGAUGCUGAAAUUCUGCAGUUGCAUUGAAGUGUUAGCUGGGGUAGAUAUCUGUCUGAGUGUAAUGAAAAAGAAAAUGCAUAUGUUGGGUCCUCUUCCUGUUGAUUAUUUGCGACCAUCUGCGAGAUCCCUCACUGUUACCUUGCAUCAGGGCUCAGUUGCCCAAAAAGAUCCUUGCAUGCUUGGUUUUGACUUGGUAACAUGUAUUGAACUAAUAGAGCACCUGGAAGAACCAGAACUACAGAAGUUUCCUGAAGUGGUGUUUGGUUUCAUGGCUCCAAGUAUAGUUGUGAUCAGCACUCCAAAUUCCGAAUUUAACCCUUUGCUUCCAGGAGUGACUUCAUUCAGGCAUCCAGACCACAAAUUUGAAUGGAACAGAGUGCAAUUCCAAAGCUGGGCUCUUGAGAUUGCUAGAGACUAUGAUUACUCCGUGGAAUUUACUGGUGUGGGGGAGCCACCAACAGGAAUGGAGGAUGUUGGGUUUUGCACCCAGAUAGGUGUGUUUAUUAGAAAAAAUCCUCAAACCAGUGAAUUUACUCAAUCUGACAAAACCACUGAAGCAGUUUACAAAAUGGUCUUCAAAGCAGUGUAUCCAAGUCUUAAAGAUGAGAAGUACCUGCAGAAUGCAGUGGUCAGUGAAGUUAUUUUCACAGCACAAAGCAUUACGCAAAGUCUGCUGGACCGUUCAGUGUCAGAACAUGGGGAGUGUAGUGAAAGAAAAUCCAAAUGCCAACCUUCAAUGAACCGUUUUUCAGAAGAUCUUGGAAAACUGGUUGUUGAAAAAAGCAAGGAAGCAUUUGUCAAUGGAAAUGUGGUUUAUAUACCUCUUACAACAAUCUUUUCUUUUCCCAGAGUGAAUCAACUUUGUGCUACCUUUGAGAAGUUAUGCAAGCUUAUUUCUGGCAAGGUCACACUGAACAGUGAUGGGUCUGCUGUGAUGUUCAAUACUGAACAUGAAAAUAAAGAGAAUUAG